AUGAAGAAGGAAGGUGGUGAAGAGUUGGAUCCCAUCGAGGAGCUGAUAGCAAUGGGAAGAGAAACUUUGGAACUGGCAACUAAUUGCCCCAAGGACCGCAAGUGUUUCUCGGGUUCGGAAGGACCCUGUCAUUGUGUGAAGGGCAUUGACAAGCUGAGGAGACGGCUUUCGGCUGAAAUCAAAUACCUGGAGUCUCCAAAAGGAAAGAAGAAUGCUGGGCAAUGUUCUAAUCUCCAUCACUUAAAGGGAAUAGUUGAGAGGAUGCACAAGGAGCCAGGUAUCAUCGGUGUGCUGCAGCCCUUCCCCUGCUGCUCAGUGUCGAGUGAUUUGAAAUCCAAUAAUCCGAAAGGGAAAAGAAUUGAAGUGGACGUGGUGGGAGACGAAGGAAGGACGUGGGUCAAGGUCAUUGCUAGAAAUCCGAAAUCUCUGCACAUGAAUGCCACUGGGGAAGGGAGUUACGGGCAACGAAGCAUCGUAGACCAAGGUCAGGACUUCGUGAAGGUUAGUAGAGACCAUCCCGUCCGCUUCCACCCGCCUCUCGUUCGAUUCGCCUUUCUGAACGGACUCACCGAGGAAGUGGAGAAAGAACUUACUUCCCUUGGCGUGAGGGUGGAAAUCGGCCCGCCGUCGAAGGAAAGGAUUUUCUAUGGGAAUGACGAUGGAAUCUCUGGAGUCCUUAAUCUGGACGUGAGCACCAUGUUGGCCUAUGCCAGUGAACUCACCAACUCCAGUCCCCAAGGGAUGAUAUUUCGCGAACCGAUCCUAUCGGAACAGGCAGAAUGGGAACGGAAACGACCAUUGAAACCGAUUUUGGACCGAUUGUUCGAGAAUCGUGAACUGGUUUGUUGCGAGACGGCCGUGAAGGACUUCGAGAGCAUCCUAGCGACUGUUGGUGGCCCAAAAGAGAAGGAAAGAAGCAAGGAAUUCAUACUGCGAGUGCGAGUGAUACCAGACAAUCCGUCAGAUCGGGUGAGGUCUCUGAAUUCGAAUGGGAAGAUGAAGGAAAGAUCUCGGAUCGUAUUUGGUACAGCAGAUGCCAUGGAAUGCGUGACGGUGUCUGCCAAUUCUGGGUUUUGCAGGGCGGCUACAGCUCAGGGAAUUCACUUGUCCGUUUUUCUCCACGAAUCUCGGGCUCUCACCGAACAAAAGCAGAUCCUCAUCCCUUGA